AUGUUAUGCGGCUGGCUCUAUGCGAGUUUAGAUCCUCAAGUCCAGAAGGUGAUCUCGUUUGUUGACAACGCAAAAGUCCUAUGGGACAAUUUUCGUGUUCGUUACUCUAUUGGGAAUGUUUCUCUUGUUCACCAAAUCAAAUCUUCUAUUGCUCGAUGUGCUCAAGAUGGUCAGCCUGUUGAUGAUUAUUUCGGCCAAAUCAAGGUCAUGUGGGAUGAUCUUGAUGAUUUUGAGCCCUUUAUUGAUUGUUGUUGCAAUUCUCCGUCUUGUCCUCAACGUCUCAAGCAACAAGCACAAGAACGUAUUGAUGUCGUCGGUUUUGCUGUGAAAGCUGGUGUCAAUGCUAUUGCAUCCGCUACACGUCUAACUCAAGGACCAUGUACUCACUGUGGCCGUACCAAUCACUCGGUGGAUACAUGUUUCGAACUUCACGGCUUGCCCGAUUGGUGGAUCGAGAAACAUGGUGAUACUAGAGGAGGAUCACGAUCUGACUCCACUCGAGGUAGAGGUCGUGGCUCUUACCGUGGACGCGGUCGUGGGCGUUCCUCUCCUACUUCCUAUCGUGCUAACAAUGCUCAAGCUCUUUCUGAAGUUGAAUUCCCUGACUUACCUGGUGUUAGUAAGGCCACCUGGUCUGCUAUUGUGAACUUGUUAAAACCUGACCAAACCUCUGGUUCCGAUAAGCAUUAUUGUGUUGAGUUUUUACUUGACUCUGGAGCGUCUCAUCAUAUGAUAGGUGAUGAUGAUCUCCUUGUGGAUGCACAUGACAUUCCUAGAAGUAUUGUUGUUCUUUCCAAUGGAAAUAAUACUUUCGCUACUAAAGAAGGGACGAUGAUCCUUGGAGAUCACGUUAAACUGAAUCGUGUUCUCUAUGUUCCUGAUCUUUCUUGCACUCUCAUCUCUCUCGCUAGAAUUUGUCGUGAGCUGUUCUGCUAUGCUUUAUUUAUUGAUACAUUGAGUGUUAUACAUGACCAUACUUUGAAGAUGUUGAUUGGCGCAGGUGAAGAGAGAGAUGGGGUUUCUCACUUUCAUGGAGCGGUUUCAGCAUGCGUCAACAAGGUCAAGAAAUCCACAAGAACUCUUUGGCAUGAACGUUUGGGGCAUCCAUCUACGAAGAUUUUAUCUAGUUUUUUUAUCGACUUUCCUGGAUUCUGCACACCAUAG